GACAUAACCUCUCGUAAAAGUCCCUAGGCGUCUCAAAAAAGUUUUUCGGAUAUUUCUCGUAAAGGAUAAGUGAGCAAUUAGAACUAAUUGAUGAGCAAUUAUAGGCAAGUAAAGAGCAAUUUUUUGAGCCAUGUUUCAUUAAUAUUGAUUAAUAUGGUGUGCCAGCUUCGCACGGGUAUUAUUUUUUAUAUUAUAUAUUCCAUUGAAUAUCACGGUACAAGAGAGAACUCCCAUUUUGAUCGAUCAACCUCAAAUCGGGUGAAUAUGUACAUUUAGACUCAAAUCAUGAUUUCAUAUAAAAGAAAAUAUGAAAACCUUUUAGGCUUCAGGUUUUUCAAGUAUCUUGAAUGAUAGAACAAAAGGUGAAAAUCGAAAUAAAAGUAAAGUCUGCGCAUGAAAAUAAGCCGACCCUGUCUGUGGUAGAAAUCGUUCACAUUCAAUUGGUAAGCUUCGACGAUGGAACGGGGUGCCAGAGAAACCGUGACAGUCCUGGUUUUCUGGAAAUCGUCAGCGGUCCGAGGCCGGGGCCAUUAAACGCAUUAUAUGUAUCUUGCAAUUUGAUCCUGCAGCGCUCGGUUCGCCGAUCGGAGAGUAAUUUACGCGAAUUCCUGGAUAUCCGGGUCUCUGCAGGUGGACUGGUAGAUGCCAGGGACAAACAGGUGUUAAAGGAAGCUGUAGAUGCUGUUGUUAAUAGUUUUGCAAAACAUACACAAGGCUACGGAAGAGUUAAUGUAGUAGAGGCUCUGCAAGAGUUUUGGCAAAUGAAACAGAGUAGAGGAACAGAGCUUAGAAACGGAGCAUUAGUUAUAUACGAAUCUGUACCUGGUACCAGCCCGCCUUACGUCUGUUAUGUAACUCUUCCUGGUGGUUCUUGUUUUGGUAGUUUCCAAAAUUGUCCGACUAAAGCAGAAGCUCGUAGAUCGGCAGCAAAAAUUGCUUUAAUGAAUUCUGUUUUCAAUGAACAUCCUGCAAGAAAGAUAACAGACGACUUUAUAGAAAAGGCUGUUGCAGAAGCAAGAGCUAGCUUUGCGAAGCCGUCUGCAACAUCCAACGGAGUUGGCAAUCAGGCACAAGGAAGCGGAGAUGAGAAGGAGGAUCCAAACACUGGAAUUGGUGCAUUUCGUUUUAUGCUAGAAUGUAAUCGUGGAAGAACGAUGUUAGAAUUUCAAGAAUUAAUGACUGUCUUUCAAUUGCUUCACUGGAAUGGAUCAUUAAAGGCUAUGAGGGAAAGACAAUGUAGCAGACAAGAAGUAGUCGCUCAUUAUAGUCACCGAGCGUUGGAUGACGAUAUGCGUAGUCAAAUGGCGUUAGAUUGGGUAGCAAGAGAGCAUGAAAGUGGUGGUGGUGUUGUUGCUAUGGAAUUGGCAUUAGCUGAGAGAGAACUCGAGACAGCGCGUUUAGCUGGAAGGGAACUUAGAUUUCCUAAAGAGAAAAAGGACAUACUGAUGCUUGCACAUGCUCAAGUAUGCCCUCAGUAAUUUUAAUUGAAAAAUUAUGCGAUUCACAAAACAUAUACGAGACUGGUCUUUCAACAGCUGGUAUUAGGGAAAUAUAUGUUUUUUACUGACAUGUAAUGUCGCUAUACUGUGAAGUGCUUUAUCGUUGUCUAGCAUCAAGACACGUAAACAAUUCCGUCCUUUUUAUGAAGUAUUUUUUGGUGAUAAUAGACUGUUAUUGGGAUAAUGAAAUAUGACGUAUUUUUAAGAAUA